UUUAAGUCGCGAAAGUAACAAAAGUGUUUCGAUAGAAAUUAUUUUAAAAUCUUAAUUAAAUAUUUAUAGUAUUGGAGUGAAUUUUCUCAAAAGCGCUCGGAUUGUUUUCAAUCAACAAUUUUUGCAGUAUGUGCAAAUAAUAAAAAAAUGUAAAAGCAAGCUGCAUUCCUUUGUAUAGCUGCUGCGUCAAAAGAAAAUAUUUAUGCAAUCUAGCACGGGUGUGAAUAUUAAUUCUCACAAGAAUUCACCGAAGUCAAAAGAAAUGUAGAUUUAAAUUAUGUAGUGGUAUAAAGAAUUUAAAUCAGAGCGAGUUAAUUAUUUUGUAAAUUUCGGCAUCAGGAAGAGCUAAAAAUAACAACCACCUCCGCAUCUUUAGCAAGUGUGAACAUUAUACAUAGCACAGUUUUUGUGCCCUUUGAUUUCCUUUAUUUGUACGAGUAAAUCAUGGAAAGCCUUAAAAUAAAAAUACAAAAGUGCAAAUAAAUUUGUAUGCAGCGAUUAUUCAUCAAUAUACUUUAAGAAGAUCUCAGAUCGUAAAAAUGUCUGACUUUAUGCCACGCGAUAUGCUUCCUGACUUAUGGGAUGAAAUCCUUAAACGUCAUUGGAACUAUUUGGACACCGAUGGAAGCAUGCAAAAGAUUGAAGAAGGGAAAAAAUUAGAGAAUUGUCUUAAGGAGUUUCUGUGUAUUGUGCCUCAUGAUCGGAAGUUUUUUUUACCGGAAACUGCGCAUGUUCUAAGGAAAUCGAUACGAGAAAUGGACGAGUUCAAUGCAUAUAAGGCAAUCAUUGGAUUUAGAUCAAUCAGUCAUUAUGCAAAUAAUUUAUUUACAAAGCCUUGGCGAAAAGAGUUUAGAGUUUUAAAGAUGUAUUCAGGUUUCUAUCAGCAUGAAAUUAAAUCGAAUUUAUUAGAUGCUGAAAAGCUUUUCGAAGCUAUGGGCUACAGACAGGUUUCGGAAGAGAUUCUUGUAUUGGAUGGGCCUAUUUGUCCUGACCAAGUGACAAACGUGUCACGUGAUGCAAUGGCUGCCUACGUCGAGUGCCAAAUAAUGGAGCAUAUUUAUUCAGGUCUCAUUGCACUUGGGAUUACUUGUUCCUGGCAGGAUAUAUUUCACUAUCGAGAGAAGUACAUUGGAGGAUCUUCACAAGCGAUAAAAGGUUUGGGUUAUGCGAUUCAAGAAAGGCAAAUGCGAAAGGAGAAACUUAUAAAUAUUGAUAACUGUUACGCCAGUAUUCAACACUCACCACAAACAUACACUACACCGGAGUGUACGAAUUGUUCGAUUUAUAAUCGCAUACCAGCGGGAGCGCAAUAUGGAGUGCACAGCGAGAACCAUGGAAAUUGCGCUAUUCAUGCGCCGGUAUCGUCAUCAGUAACGAAUCAUUUAUACAAUGGAAAUAGUAAGAUGCCUUCAUAUCCAAUAUCUGGAUAUCAACUACCACACCAAGUUGGUUAUGGAAUCUCCUCUGCAGCAAUGCAGCAUUCCAGAAGUUUGGAUCACUACAGUGAACCGGUGCCACAGUUGUCACAUAGACAUUCUUUUGAUCAUCAACAAAAGGGUUGCACGGCGCAUCAUUACAAACCUCCGCAUCAAUUGCCAACACAAAACGUGUAUGAACACCCUUAUGAUUGCUUGGAUGGGGCCAGUAUGGGUGAAAGUAGUGUUUCUUAUGCGGCCGUUGUCGCUUCAGGUGGUGGUUCAAAUAACGCAAUGAACAAUUGUGGCAUGAACCCCGCUUAUUCUCAUCCCUACAAUGUGUCAGGCAACCGAUAUCCACUCCCGUACAAUAUUUCAAAUCAGUUGAACACCCACUACGCAACUCCCAAUGCCACGUGUAACGGUAUUAAGAGUGAUCCCUAUAAUAAUACAGAUAACGGCGGCUACGCUUCCGUGUCAAAGUCGCACAACUACCAACAACCGCCGUUGCCACCUAUCCGCCAAUCAUCUGUAGUGGCUGGUGGUAAAGAUUUCCAAGCAUACCGACAACGUUCCUUUCCCCCAGAUCAACAAUUAAUCGAAUUUGAUGAUCGCGCACCACUUAAAUCACACGAUUUUCAUGCUCAACUACAUAGAUUACCACAUUGUAAUUCCUUUGAUUAUGAUCGGGAACGAAUUAUUGACCAGCAGCGGCACUUUGGCCGUGCAGCGAACAUCCCAACAGCUUAUGCACAAACGAAGGAUAUUAUGAUGGGCCAUCAAUAUGCACCAUAUUCCGCUUCCCAGCAUCCCUCUUCUGACGACAUGUAUGGAAACUAUGCUUAUGCACGACCAUUACCGAAAGCUGAUCGUUUAAAAAAUAAUUCAUCAACUAAUAUUGCAACGAAACAAGAAAGAAAUUCAAUAAUGGAUGUUCUUGACAAUAAUGAUAAACACUUGCAACUGCAUCAAACGGAAUUGAAGGAUAAUACAGCUCCGUUGAAUGGAAUGUCUGGAAAUAGUUGCAAAAGGAAAAUGUCUUCACAUAACAACGAAGCAUCUGAUUUAAGUUUUGAAUCGAACUUCGAUGAUUUCUCAACAGUGGGGCGCAGUGAGCAACGUUCUCCGACUCAAGCCUCUAAGAAUCAAGAUGGGGUUGGCUCUUAUGAAUCGUGGAAUUAUGUUUUCCAAAACUUGGAGCGCGCUGGCUAUUCAAAAGAUUUAAAUGAACGUGGUGAUCUUCUGGUACAGGGUUUAAAUUUGGAUUCAAUGAAUUUGUCAAACGGUGGCGGAGGAAGCAACAGCGGUUCCAAAAACAACGUAGAGAGGCGACGAUCAAAUCAGGCGGAAGCGACAAAGGUCGGACGAUAUUCUAAUAAUGACCAAAGCAAAGCACCUUUACUGGAAAAAUCGAGAGACGAGAAGAAAUCAGUUGGUGGUUGUAAUAAACAAGAAAAAUCUAUAUUAAAACCGCAACCGGUGAAGAAAACAAAGUCGGGCUUAAAGCAAACGCCUAACCUCUCCACAACUACGGCGUAUGACAAUAAUAAUGGUAAUAAUGAAAUCCAAUCGGAAAAGAACAUUCGGUCAAAGAUACGAAAGCAGUCUGCUGCAGUGACGUUGAACCCACAGCUGGCCGUAAGCGGUCAGAGUGAAUGGAGUUGCCGCUUCUGCACUUUUCUCAAUCCAGAUACCGAACGGAUUUGUGAGAUGUGCUGUCGCAGCAAAGAUUUAAAUCUUGAAGCGGCCGUGUCUCAUACGCCUACUUGCGUUUAAUUGCCUUUUAGCUUAUGCAUGCCAUGAAGUUUGGAAACAAACAUUUGGUGGAAACAUGACAAAGCGUUCUUUCUAAGUUUUAUAGUCGAACUAAUGUGAAUUUAAUUUACCAUAUAACAUGACUAUAAAUGCUGAAAUUAGUAUCGUAAUCGGAAUAAGCAUACUAUAUUCUGAAAAUCUUUAGUCAAAUCUACGCCGAGUUCUAAAACUUGAUUUUGGUUUUAAUUCGAACUAAUCUUUACAGUUGUUAUUUUUGUAGUAUCUUCCAUAAAUUAAGUUAUGGUAAAGAGUGGAUGGACCCUGAGUAUUUCUGUGUUAUAUUUAUUUGUAAUUGAUUUUUGAAUCCAUUGUUGAAACACACAUACAUGUAUGUAUGUAUAUGUGUAUUGUUAAAAAUUAUUAACAAGUAUAUUGAAAACAAUCAAUGAUUUAGUCCUUUAGUUCCCAUUACGUGCCUCCUGAUUUAUUAUCAAACAUUUCACAAUUUAAAAUAAGAAUUUGUGUGUGAAAUUGAAAUAUUAAACGAAUUACAAUAAAAAAUCUGUAUAUAUUUUGAACUU